CGCUAGCUAUCAACGCCUAGAUUCACGAGUCAUGGCUCUUCGUUUUCUACUAAAAGUCAUUAUGAGAGACCGCUACGCCUUCCCUGCCAUGUUAACUGUUCACAAGAAACGUCAUUGCUUUAGAAACAUCGUUUUACUAAAACACACUAAUCUUUUUACUCCUCUCUCUAUAUAUACCUACUAUUGUUAAUACAUUUUAGACUUGCACGGCGUUAGGUUAGAAUGGGUUCAAGCUCAACAGAAGUUUCUACGAUUGUGAAGAACUGGAGAGAGCAUCCUCCUGCUUCUUAUUCCCUCAAGAUUCAUAGCUUCUCCCAAUUUGAGAAUUCGUCUUCCUCCUCUGAUGAUAAAUACCAAUCUCGUCUUUUCUCCUCUGGUAGAUAUAAAUGGUACAGAUUGAUUGUAUACCCAAAAGGGAACGAAAAGGACAACGGGAGUGGAUUCAUUUCAAUGUAUGUGGAAAUAGACAGCAAGAGUUUGAUGGUAUUCACACCACCAACCGAGGUUUUUGCGGAGAUCCGUUUCUUUAUCUACAACAAAAAAGAGAACAAAUACUUUACUAUUCAAGAUGUAGAAGUAAAGCGUUUCAAUGCACUUAAAACGGUGUGGGGGUUGCAGCAGAUUCUUCCAUGUGAUACAUUCAGUAACCCUGAAAACGGUUACAUCUUCGAGGGAGGUCAAUGUGAGUUUGGUGUUGAUGUCAUUGUUUCCCUACCACUUACCAAUUGGGAAGUCCUCUCUUAUACUGAGAAAUUCUCUAAUUCUAAGUUCUCUUGGGCUAUAAAGAAUUUUUCUGAGUUGAAAGAGAACGUUCUGACAUCAAAAAGUUUUUCAAUGGCAGGAAAGAAAUGGUUUCUAAAGCUGUAUCCGAAGGGCGACAGUAGAGCAGAUGGAAAAUUCUUAUCCAUUUUUCUGUGUUUAGAUGAUUGUGAUAAACCAAAAGAUGAUGAGAAGAUUUCCGUGCAAGCAAAUUUCCGAGUUCUUGACAAACAUUUUUUUUUACUUGCAGUCAACUUCUGGUACAACGAACAACAAUUGGGUGGGGGCUGGUUUGAGUUUUUGUCUUUACCUGAACUUCCAAAGGUUUACUUGGACAAGGAAGACGCGCUGAAAGUUGAGAUCGAAUUUAAAGCUGUUUCUGCUACCAAAUACUCUCCCAUUAUCUAAGCUCUAUAUAUUUUUACUUUUAGAAACUCAAUUUUAUGUCGUUCUUCUACCAUGACUAUUGUGCUAUGUCAGACUUUUUUUGUUGACUAUCAUUUGAAUUCUCAAGUUCUAAGAAAACUUCGCGUUGUAGUUUGUUA